GCCCCGUGCUCUCUGUGCAGGCAACAUCUCUCCCUCAAACUCUGGGACGCAGCCCAAGGCUGAGUGCUGCUUCCAAGGAAGGAGCACUGGGGGAGCCGCUCCGCAUCCCACGGGCACAGGGCAGGGAGGAGGGAACAGUGCCAGGGGCAUGGAUGCGGGUUCCCUUCUCUCUGUGGAACCCCCAAGGAGCUGGCAGAGGUGAUUCUGCCCAGACAGCCUGGCAGUAAAUCCCUCUGGAAGCUGCAAAAUUGGAGGCAAGCCAGGACUGCUGCACCAGGCUGUGGGGAGCUGUUGCUGGAGUAGGUUGGGGAAAGAGGAGAAUCCCUGGAGAAGGAUGCAGAUGGGAAGUAAGUCCUGACUGUGAAGUGCCAUGGACCAGCAAAUUAGCAGCUGGAGGGGAUUUUUCCAGUUAUCCAGGUGGGAUGUGUUUGGGUAAGGAGCAGGGUGGCAUCAGCUGUGCUGGGUGUGGUGUCAGGAGUGGCAGAGCACAGGCUCCAUCGUGCCAAUGGGAUGUUCCUCUCCGCUGGCCAUGAGGCCAAGGAACGCCGGUUCACAUGACCCAGGCUCCGACGCUUCCAAGUGCCGCCGUCUCCCAGAGCAGAGCGAGGAGGAGGCGGUGCUGAAAGCCCGCCGAGACCCAAGGUGGGAAAAAUCUUGGCUGGCCAGUCCCAAAGCACUUGGAACCAGGAAUUAUAGUGACAGAUCUCCCGGCCAUGGAAGCCUCCACCUGGCAGUACCGUGGAUAUUUACGGGAUGACACAAGUAAGGCGAGGGGGAGAGACUGCCCAGCUUCCCGGGGAGACUCUGCAGGCACCUGUGAGGAUUAUCCACUGCUGCAGCUCAGCCAGGAGGGCCUGGGACACAGCCGGGAGCGGGGGGACCGCCCCGACCUCCGCAGCGACACCGCAGGCCCGGCCAAGAGGUCAGAGAUGAGCAGCAGCGGGCAGAGAGGGCGGUGGGGGCCGGCAGGGGAGCUGUCCCUGGAAGAGCAUCCCGUGUCCAAAGGGUGCAGGAGAGGGCGGGAGGGAGAAGCCCCUCCAAAGGUGUAUGAGCUGGAGGUGGUGCCCAGGCGGGUGGGCACGGGCAGGACGGUGAGGCCGGUGGUCUACAGGCUGGAGGAGAGUGAGUACCGGCGCCUCAUCCAGGAGGCAGAAAUGGAACCUGAGGAAGAAUGGGAAGAGGCAGAGGACACACUCCCCUUGAUUCAGGAGGGCUACACAGGGGAUGGAAAGGUGGCAAGCCCGAGCCUCAGCAGGCUCAACUCCUUGGAAAGAGUCCUGAGGAGGCAGAUGAGCCGCUCGGACUCGGAAAGCAGCGUGGAGAGCAGGCAAGUGACCAAACUGAGCCCCAAGAGCCCCUCGGAGGGCAACAAACCGACCGUGCCUGUCAGGUCCGACAGCUUCGAGCGCAACGCCAUCCUCAUGGAUUACAUCCUGCAAAGCAAGCAGGAGGCAGGCACACCUGUCUCCUACAUCCCCAGGGACAGCAGCAGGGACAGCCUGAGGCAGGCACGGAGCUUUGCCCCCGAGCCCGAUGGAACACUUGACCUGUGUCAGAACGGCCAGGCCAGCGAGGAGGAUCCGGCCAGGAAGCCCGAGCCAGACCAGCAGGUAGUGAAGAGCCUCGAGAGAACGGUGCCUGCGGUCACAAAUUAUCCCUCGGUGGCCAGAGACACCGGGAAGCUUUCAAGACAGAGCAGCAGCCAGCUCCCAGACAGCCGGGAGCAGCUCGGAAGUGAAGCUGAUGAACUCGAUUCCUACAUCCAGAAAAGAACACCCCCGGCCCCCCCUGUCAGGACCCACAGCAAGGAGUGCCUGGCUCUGAGUAUGAGCAAGGCUGUGGCGCUGACGGAGGCGCUGCUGGAGCCCCUCGGCGAUGAGGCCAAGGCUGGCAGGGAGCAGUGGGCAGCGGUGGGCACGGAGCUGCUCCCUGGAGGCAGGACUGCGGGAGGAGGGGGCUCGGAGGAGCCGGAGCGGAAGGGGAGGCAGAGUCAGGAGGAUGAGAAUGUGCUUAAAGUUGCCGAUGCCAAGAAAACCUUCGAAAAGCCCAAGGCGUCGGAGGGGACGGCAGCAGCACCAGCGCCCAAAAAAGCACCUUUGGUCCAACCUGAUCCUAGACAGCAGGGAGAGAAACAGAAGGAGAUGGCAAAAGAAUUCCAAAGUGCUUGAAUAGUGAGGCUCUGUGAUCAGUGCCCAGGAACCCAACACCCAGCCCUGGCUUCUUCCCUGAUUUUUUCCUGCUGUUCAGGAUGAUAGGAGUUGUCAAUCCCAGCAUAUUCAUGUUGUAAAUAAAAUACAGAUUGCUUUU